UCACCCAUUGCCUGUAGUGGAAUAGCUAAAGCGAGCUUGGACUAGGGCUUUCUGGGGGAUAAGACCCUACUUUGGACUGGAAUAGAUCUUCCUGGGAGGGGAGGGAGGGCAGAGAUUCCCUUUAGGAACUGCAGGGAGAGAAGAGGCUAGGUAGGAAGCGGGUUUGAUAAAAUAGACAUUAAAUAUAGCAGGAGGAAGGAAGCACAUCCUGGGAGAGAGAGCUGUGCUGGAUAAAGUUUUAGCACUAGGCAAGAGAGUUAUACUUCAUCUCUGCCAGAAGACAGAAAAGAGACCUCAGACUUUGAGAGAAAGAAGGUUUAAUUAGGAGGCAGAGUCAGGGGCAAAGAAAGAUCCACUGUGGUUUUAACAAGUGAAAGAGAAAAUUGGUUAGGAGAAAGCAGGGCAGUCCCCCAGCCUUCCCUGACAUUCAGAAUUAAACUUUGACAAGUUUUUGGGACAAUGAAUGUCUUCCGGAUCCUGGGAGACAUCUCCCAUUUGCUGGCUAUCAUCAUAUUACUGGUCAAGAUCUGGAAAUCUAAGUCCUGUGCUGGUAUCUCCGGGAAGAGCCAGAUCCUUUUUGCUCUUGUCUUCACAACCCGUUAUCUUGACCUAUUCACCACCUUCAUCUCAAUUUACAACACCGUCAUGAAGGUCAUUUUUCUGCUGUGUGCCUAUAUCACCGUGUACAUGAUCUAUGGAAAGUUCCGUAAAACAUCUGACAGCGAGAACGACUCCUUCCGUCUGGAAUUCCUCUUGGUCCCCGUCACAGGCCUGUCGUUCCUGGAGAACCACAGCUUCACUGCUUUGGAGAUCCUCUGGACCUUCUCCAUCUACCUGGAAUCAGUUGCUAUCCUUCCACAGCUCUUCAUGAUCAGUAAGACAGGAGAGGCAGAGACCAUUACAACUCACUACCUCUUCUUUCUGGGUCUCUACCGUGCUCUCUACAUCGCAAAUUGGAUCUGGCGCUACCACACUGAGAACUUCUACGACCAGAUCGCUGUGGUUUCUGGGGUGGUACAAACCAUCUUCUACUGUGAUUUCUUCUAUCUUUAUGUCACCAAAGUCCUGAAGGGAAAGAAGCUAAGUCUUCCAAUGCCAGUCUGAAGACACUGCCAUUAUGCAUGAAGCUCCUGCAGAUGCAGCAUCAGGAUGACAGCUAUUCUUUUCUGCCCCUUAUUGGAUUUAAAAACAAACAAACAAACAAAAAAACCACACACAAAAAAAAAAAAAGGCUCAGCUACAAAUCUCCAUCCAGUAUCAGGAAAACAAGAGGCUUGGAUAGCAAAGAUUUUAUUUUCUUCAUGAUUUUCCUCUCAAAUGUUUUUUUGAGGGUUUGUUUUUUUGUUUGUUUUGGGUUGGUUUUUUUGCUUAAGUGAAUUUAUGCUGAUAAAUGGUACUGGCUAUUGACUAAGUCCUCUCUUCUCACAGUAGGUGUAGCAGUGCAAGCUCUCUCCCUUCCAGCUCCUAUUUUCAAAGUCUGAAUUAAGGGAUCACCUCAAAGGAUGAGGCAAGAUUUGUCUUCACAUCCAUUCAGUAUUCUUUGUUUAAAGACUGCCAACAGGAAUGCAGUUGGGUGACAUAGGGGUGUUUGCUAACAACUAAACAAAGAAUACCAAUCUAUUUCACAGCUGGUCCUGGGCAACAAGUGAUAGAUUGACUUUACAAUUAAUACCAUAUAAAUAGAUAUGAACUGGCAACCCAAGAGGUGGGAGUCACCAGUUCUCAUGUUACCUAAGGCCUAUAAUAUUAAGGGAAUCUCUUGGUUUCAAACUCCAAGGAUGACCACUGAGGACCUUUCAGUACUGGAAGUACUCAAACAUUCCUCUCCGUUCAGUGUCUUCCAAUGAUAAUAAGUUUCUGAUGUUUUACAGAGAGUAAGCAUUUUUUAUCAAGUUAUACUAGCUUACUGACAAGUGCUACCCUAGACUGCAUCUUUUAUACAAAUUGGGGAGGGAAUGGAAAAUGGGGGCGAAGACAGUUUGCACUGUGUAAAUAAAGACAAGUUCAAAAUUU